AUGGAAGAAGUCAACACCAGCGGGGUGAAAGAUAACAAAUUUGGGAUCUGCACCAAAAAGGAAAGAAAUGAUAAAUGUGACGAGGAAGAAGGGGGGGGUGCCCCUUUUUUGAGGCCCGCCUACUUUGUCCAUAAUAAAGAAAAGGCUUUAAAAGAAUUUAUCAGGAAAAAAAAUGAGAACAUGACAAAGAAGGUCAUCUUAAAGGAUAACAUUUCUUGCAACUACUUUCAGAUUACCCCAGACAUCGUUACCUUCACUUCUUAUGCCCCUUUCAAGAAAUACGAAAGGGUGAUAACGUUAAAAAAUAUCGAUGCCAAUGCGAGAAACCUCAAGUUCGAGUUAGGAGAAAAUCAUGUCUUCAAAGUGAAGUACAUUUCGGAUGUCAAAAAGAAGGUUGCUCCCGGCAUGCUAUUUACCUUCAAGGUGGAAUUUUACCCGCAGUCGUGUGAAAACUACGAAUAUGAUCUGGAGAUUCAGACAGAGGAUAAAUCCUUUACAUUACCUAUACGAUGCAUGAACGAUGAAAUAAUUUUGGAUGUGCAAGAUGAGAUAAAGAUGAAUGAAACACCGAUUUAUAUGAAAAGCGAAAGAAGCAUAACGAUAAAAAAUAUCGGGAAAUAUGAAAAUAAAUUUCAAAUCAGCUUAGCACCUCCCUUUUAUGUCAAUUCUUCUAUCCAUGUGCUGAAGGAGGGGGAGAUGAUAGAAACAAAGAUCACGUUCCUGCCUGUCCAAAAAAGAACUUACGAAGACUACAUGAUAAUAAAUUACGAAAAUGGAAUGAGCACCCACACGAAAAUACGAGGAGAAGGAAUUGUGGCCGAAGUCCUAAUAAAAGAUAAAGAUCUCACUGUUGACGACGUGUACAUUAAUAAACUCAAAGAAAUAAAUAUCGUCAUUAAAAAUUUAUCCUUCUUUUUGUUAACAUAUAAUAUAACAAAGUAUCAUGUGUACGAGUGUAAAUAUGAUGACCCUUCAACGGAUAUAAAAGAUGUGACCUUCGACGAGGGGGACAAAAUAAUCCAAAAGACGUUCAUUCGGGACAGCGAAUUGUUGGACGAGAAUAUAGUAGAAAAUGCCCUAUACAAAAAUGAGGAAUCCUUCCUGGGAGGUGGCGGAAGCGGAGUCAGCAAUAGCGAGAGCAGCAGUAGCGAUAGCACCUGUGGCGACAGCACCAAUGGCGAUAGGAGCAGUGGAGAUAACCUACUCGACGGGGAACCCCGAAAGGAACCACAAUUACACGACGAAAAGAGUGACGCAUCUCAUUCGGAACCUUCCGAUAAGUCACUUCUAUCACAUUAUUAUGAGCCAAAAAAUCUAAUAUUCCUAUUUAUAAGAGGAUACAAGAAGGAAGAAAAAAUAGUUGUGUACUUAAAAAGUAUAGCACCCGAAAUUGUCAUAACAGAGAGGAUCCACAAAAUUGACAACAUUCUCAUUAACACAUGCAGAAGGCUAUCCUUCGAAAUGGUAAACAACACUCAGUUUGAUGUUCCCAUGAAAAUAGAAAAAGUAGAGGAUAAUUAUAACGAAUUUGAAGUUGCACGAAGAAAGUUUACUUUACGGAAAAAUUCUACCCACUCCCUCGAAAUGGUAUAUAUGCCAAAAGUGAAUGGAGCAUCAGAGAAGACAUUCAUAAUUCAUCAGAAGUAUACAAAUGUAAAAAGAAAAUUACAGGUAGUGAGUAAGUGCAAUUUUCCGCAAAUCCUAUUAGACGUAGAAGAAAUAAACUUUAAUCAAGUGUCACACAGCUUUGAGUACAAAAAAAUUAUUACCAUAGUUAACAAAUCGGAGUUGACUCUUCAUUACGGAUUUAAUAUUCCUAACGAAUUGAAAGAUGAAGUAAAAAUUGAAAAGAAUUGUAACAAGUUGAACAAAUUUGGGGAAGAACAAAUCAUCUUAUCAUUUUGCCCUAAACACAUAAAGACAUACAUGACGAGUGUAGAACUUUAUCUAGGUGAAAUUAAAACUUAUAAAAAGAAUCUACCUUUUCGUGCCAUCUGUUCCAAGCCGAAAGUAUUAUGCGAACCCGUUUUUCUAAACAUAGAACCUAUGAUUAUAGAUAAAAUGUACAGUGAACAAAUUAACCUCAUUAACAAGUCGGAAAACACGGAUGUGAAAUAUGAAUUAUUUGUGGACGAAGAAAUCUGCCACAUAUGCGACUUGCACAUUUCUCAGAAGGAUGGAGUGAUCAGAAGAAACCAUCACCAAAGUGUCAACAUUAGCAUAAAGAGCAAAAUUAUAGGGUACAUCCUCAUCGUGGUUAAGGUGAAAAUAUCCGGGUGUGAUGAUCUUCUAUUUGCAAAUAUUAAAGCUUACUGCACUUGCCCCACCGUAAAAAUUAUUCCUAGUAUAAUUGACUUUGAAAAAUGCAACUGUUUAGAUGUAAAAGAAAAAGUCAUUGAAAUAAAAAAUGAAAGUCCGAUUAAUACCUUUAUCAACUUAUCCAACGAGCUACCUGUUUUCAGCUUUUCGAAAAAUAACUUCUAUAUAGAACCACACGAAUCCGUUUUUGUUCCUGUCUGUGUUGAGUGCGUAGACACCACGGCGUACACAGACACGCUGCGGGUGAAUGUCCAUCGGAAGGAGGACAUUUUGGUUCCCCUGAAGGCCCAGGGAGUCGGAUCGCCCAUCCUGGUCAACCAAAGCGAACUAAACUUCCAAGUCAUUCACACGAGCAAAAAAUACGUCCACGAGCUGAUCAUCUCCAACAGAGGGACAAGCGAAAGGAGCUUGCACUUCCUCUUUGAAUCCGAAAAGAAAAGAAAGAAAAAAAAUGAAAGCCCUGAAAUAUUUGGCGUGACCCCAAGGAGCGUGUCUAUCAAGGGGGGCAACGAAGCGGUGUGUAUUGUAAGCGCGCUCAACUGCAAAGAGGAGAAGUGCGAGGAUAUUCUCUACGUGCAUGAAGAUACAAUCGGUAAGAAGAAAGUGUGUGCUAGUUUUAAAAAAAUAAAAAUAGAAGCUUCAUUCGUUCACCCGGAGAUCGAAAUAUGCGGCAUUUCCAAUUUUGUUUAUGACUUUAAUGAGCGAAGGGGGCUGGAAAAAGACGAUUGGGAAGACCAAGCCCCGGAGAAGUGUCAAAAUUGUGCAGACGAAAGCGGAGAAAACAGACCAAAGCAGCGUGUUACCCAUUCGAAAAAUAUGAAGAAACUAAUGCAAGAAGUCGAAAUGAAGAAUUUGCGAAAUGCAAAUGUAAAGUUCAGCUUGUCCACUAAAUUGCCGUUUUCUGUGGAGCAAGAAAUAAUAGAACUGAGACCAAUGGAAAAAAAAAAAAAAAAGAAUCUUUUUUGA